AGGCCAUUUUAUAUUGCUGUGGAGAUUGAGAAGAGUUGUUGUAUGCUGGAGUGUCAUUGCCGCGAUGCCGACGAAACGCUGUUAUUUUCAUCCGGAUUGCAGGUCCACUUUGUUCAGCCUUCCUAGGGACGGGGAAGUUAGGGAUCAAUGGUUAAAAUUUAUUUUUAACUCGGUCCCUCAAAAUUAUUACCCAAAUCUCGCUCUCUGUGCUGCUCAUUUUACGGAGGAAAGCUUCCACAAUCUUCGCGAGUUCAAUGCAGGAUUCGCCCAACGGCUUGUCCUGAAAGAUGGAGCAGUUCCAACUUUAAAAACAGAAGCUGUUUACGGGCCACAACCUACAACAUCUCAGCAGGGUUCGAGUUCCCAAGAGCUCCCCACUACAUCUACACUUCAUGAAGUUGGAUGUCAGUCAGACCCUAUAGAGACCGAAACUGUAGCCACAGAGAUAAAGCCAAAGAUGCGAUCAGUGGGCACACAACUUUCAAUGGGUACAUUGAGCAGUUUCCACUUAAGGAGCAAAGGCAUUCAGGCAACAUAUUAUGGUCAUGAUGUGGGCACCCAAACAACUGAGAUGUUUCCUGAUGUGCAGCUGUCUUCAACACCAGUAAGGGGCUCAGUCUUCAGGCCCAGUAAGAGACCUCGUCUGGUGUUAGAUGAGGAAGAAGAAUCAGAAUUAAAUGUCGAACCCACUGAUUCCACAUAUAACCCAGAUUCUGUUGUUACUGAAGAAUCCGAAUUGGCGAUAGAUCCACAGCCCGACCACAGCGAUAACAAAUACAUUGUUUUUGAAAGCUGUCUUCGAGAGCUGUUUGUGUCCUGUCCAAUUUGUAAGACAAAGUGUGUUGUCCAGAGCAGACGAAGGGGGACUUUUGUUGCAUUCACCCAGCUUUGUGAAAAGUGUAACUACUACAGACAAUGGCAGAGCCAGCCCAUUGUAGGGAGUACCCCACUUGGAAACCUGCUAUUGUCUGCUGCAACGUAUUUUACCGGUGGAUCUUUUAAACAACUAGAGAAGAUUUUCAAGGCCAUGAAGCUCCAGAUGAUGCAUUUCGUAACUUUUAGGAUUCAUGCCAGGAAUUUCAUUGAGCCUACCAUAAUACACAAGUGGAACCAAGAUCAACUGAAUCUUAUAAGACAGCUGCAAGAGGGAGGAAAUGUUGCUGUGGCUGGAGAUAUGCGUGCUGACACGCCAGGACACUCAGCAAAAUUUGGCAGCUACACCAUUAUGCACAUGGAAACCAACAAAAUUCUGGAUCUUCAACUAGUUCAGAACAACGAGGUUGGUGGAAGUUAUCAUAUGGAAAAGGAGGGAUUGAAGCGUUGUCUCGAUAAGCUCGAGUCUAAUGGUUUAGCUGUUGACUACAUCGUCACCGAUCGCCAUCCGCAGAUUCAGAAGUACCUGAGGGACCGCAAUAUCACUCAGUUCUAUGACGUGUGGCACUUUGAGAAAGGUUUAUCUAAGAAACUUGACAAACUUUCAAAAAUGAAGGACUGUGAGGUGCUGAAAAAAUGGUUGCACAGCAUCAAAAACCAUGUUUACUGGAGUGCGAUUUCCUCUGAGUCUGGGCCAGAAAAGGUGGCGAAGUGGAAUUCACUGCAGAACCACAUCCAAAAUGUACAUGUUCAUGAGAACCACCUCUUCCCCAAGUGUGAACACCCAGACAAAGUUUCCAGGGAUCUAAAAAAAUGGAUCCAACCAGGUAUGACUGUAUAGAGAGACAAAUGACAAUAAAAUGACAGUAAACUAGUAAAAUUUUGAGAUUUUCUUCAUAUUUUAUCUGUUUGGUUACAGGAUCAAUAGCGCUCCAUAAAGUGGAAAAGCUAUUAUACAACAAGAGAGUUCUCAAGGAUAUAGAAAAGCUCAGCCACAACUUUCAGACGUCAUCACUGGAGGCUUUCCACAGUCUGAUUUUGCGUUUUGCCCCAAAGAACGUGAUUUUCCCUUUCAUAGGAAUGUUGUGCAGGCUGUAUCUUGCAGCAAUGCACUAUAAUGAAAAUGCUAACCGUGAGCAGGCAACAACAACUGAAGGACAGGCUGUGUAUAAGAUCGUUUUUCCAAAGUCCAAAAAAGGGGAAUGCACAGCAAAGCCAGUGAAAAUAGAACCAACAUACAACUAUGUCGAUGACCUUAUGAGCCUUCUGUUACAUAAAGUCUUUGUGGACCCCAAGCCAUAUGCAGAAGAGCUGCAUGCAAUCCCCAUUCCACCUCCUCUGUCAUCACAGUAUGA